UUAGUACAUCGCUUGCCUUCAUUCAACACCGUCCUCUUCUUCCUCUGCAACCAACUCGCAGUUUCAAAUCAUUCUAAAGUAGUAUUCAGAUUUGAAAACAUUUUGCUGAAUUUAGCAUUGACAUCUUUUCACGUUUGUUCUAUUGAAGCUCUUGAAAACCAUUCGUAGUUUCUGUUUCGUUGAAAUCUUUGUGUUUAUUCCAGAACUUACGUAAUUGUGAUUCAAGUGGCUAAUCAAGUCAUCCUUCAGAUGAUUUACGCCCUCUGUUAAUCAUUCAUCAAUUUUGGCUCUCCGCAAACUGAAACUCUUUACUUACAAAUCAUUACCGAACGAAACGAGUGAGUCGUAGUCGUACGUUAUCCAUUUUUCCGUCCAAACGCCAGGCUUUCGAAAGCCUUAUUAGUAUUUCAACUUAAACCAAUAAGACGCCCGAAAACCACCUGCUUGCACCGAUCACAAUAAUUGCACCCCCUUACGGAUAGUGAAUAAUUAUAGCGCGUAACGCUAGUUACGACGUAGUGUGGAAAACAAAUCAGCAAAAGAACAAACACAAAAUGUUUCUCGACGUGCCAAAUCUGUUGGUGACGGCCGCCCGCAAAACUGGAGAUACGGCCAGAGGACUCAUCGUCAACCUCUACGAAGGCACGAAUUUAAACACAGUCGUAAUCUAUUGCGGUGUGCUGAUCAUCUUGGCCAUCAUCGCUUCAUCGCUGAUCAUCGCCUUCGCAGCGGCAGCCAAGAAAAAAGCAGAUCUCUAUUAUUUGACGCAGCUGGAACGCGUAGACUGGCUCGAUCAUCUCCACCGAUCCGCCAGAUCGAGCGAUGCUCCGAUGGAUUGGGACAGUCUCAAGAUCCUUGACUACAUUUCCAUGAUGGAGGAAAUGUGGCGCAAGUUGGACGUUCACGAUACCGGCUGCCAGAAGCGCAUCCUCUGCGAAAUCCAUCAAAAUGAAAAAGCUCUAGGACCUGCCGCUUCCAAGAUCGUCAACGCAUUUGGGUAUGCUCGCUACUUGUCCGUGUUAAACAUACCGGACGCGCUGAAGAACAUGAUCGACGACUACCAAGACGCUGCCGACAAAGGACGUUCUCUGCAAGACAAGGAAUGCAAAGAUGUGUUUGAUUCUUGCGAUUUCAGCGUCAAGGAAACGUUUCUUAAGAAACUCAAGAGCCACAGCGAAUAACCGGUUCAUUUAUUUCUAUGUAAAACAGCAUUUAUCAAGCCGCACGCAUAGCAGCACGCGGUGGACACAGAAUUGACCCGGACAUUUCCUUCUUUUAGAUUUAAACUUUUGCUGUUGCGUUUUGCUGAUUUGCAUCAAUUCUCACAUUAAUUUGCACAAAUUCGUUUCUUAUUUAACUAGCAAUAAUUUAAAAAAAUAAAGCACAAACGGUUCAUUAUUCGGUUCGUUGCGGCUCCGAGGUGUUGAAGACGAGCGCAACCCAAUUUUCAAGUAGGCCCUCGCAAGAAUUUCUAUCGUUGUUCCUCCUCGGGUUCAUUUAUUUAUUCUAUUAUGCUAAAACCAAACAAAAGGAGAUGUCACCCUGUCUGUCUACUAUAACGCCUUUCUCAUUACUACCACACAGCUGUUACGAGGAGCGGAGAAAUGCCUCGUCUAUUCUCUGCUAUAAUUUGUGUUUGUCUUUUUUGUUUAUCUUCCAUUGUACAAAGAGAUUAAACAUGACAUACAAUAACAAUACACUUAUCAUAUACUGUGAAA